AUGGUAGCCGAGAAGAACGAUAUUGAAGUCCAGGGCAACAGGAUCGGUGCAGCCCCGAGCCAACUGCUACCAAUGAUGCCCCUGAGGGCGGCGAUUCCAAGUUGGAGGAGCAUGAGCUUCGUCACACCGGAAAUCUGCAGCGUGGGCUUAAGUAUCGCCACGUGCAGUUCGUCGCCCUCUCCGGCGCCAUCGGCACAAGACUCUUUGUCAGCUGGCCAGGUCCUCUCGCUCGCUGGGCCAGUGUCCAUGUUCCUCGCCUACCUCAUCACCGGCUUCAACCUCUACUGCGUGAUCAACUCGCUGGGGGAGAUGGCCGCGUUGUUGCCCAUCCCCGGGUGCGUCCCCAUCUUCGCGACGCGCUAUGUCGAUGAGUCGCUGCUUGACUCUUGGCUGGAACUGCUGAUCCAUGGCGAGGCCGAGUUUUUCUUUGGGGCGAUCAAGCUCACUAUUAUUGUCGGGUUGAUCCUGCUCAUGCUCAUCAUCACCUGCGGUGGAGAUCCCAGUGGGCACGCCAUCGGGUUCGCCCACUGGAUGGACCCCGGGACGAUGAACGCUGAGAUGGUGGUCGCCGCCGGUGAGACGGAGAACUCCCGACGCAACAUUCCCAAGGCAGUGCGUCGAGUCUUCUGGCGUAUCCUCAUCUUCGAUGUGAUUGCACUCUUCCAUGUCGGUCUCUGUGUCUCGUCAGAUGACAAAGGUCUGCUCAAUGCCAUCAGCAGCGACGCGCCUGGCGCCAACCAGAAUCCGUUUGUCAUUGCCAUUGAGACGGCGGGUAUCAAGACCAUGCCGGGUAUUCUCAACGGCAUCAUCCUCUCGUCCACGUGGUCCGCCGGCAACUCCUUCUCCUACGCGUCCAGAGUGUCCUCUACUCGGCCGCCAUCGACGGCAAGGCACGCUAUCCUCCGCGUGUGCUACACGUACCUCUGCUUCUACAAGGGGCUCAGGUACCACGCCAUCGACCGGAACACGCUGCCCUACAAAGCGCUCUUCCAGCCGUAUCUGGCCUGCUUUGCCAUCUGCUUUUGUCUGACGAUUGCGUUGUUUCCAGGACGGUUCUCGGCCAAGAGCUUCAUCCCGCCGCACAUCAACAUCCCCAUUGUGCUGACGUUCUUCUUCUCGUACAAGCUUAUCAAGAAGACCAAGUUGGUCAAGGUGCAGAACAUGGAUGUCUGGAGUGGCAAGGCGGAAAUUGACCGGAUGGAGCCAGUGUAG